CAGCUCAGUUUUUCCUCUGAGUGCAGCUCCGCAUUAGUCACCCUUCCUCUUCCCCUCCGGGCCCCACUGCUCUGGGCUCCUCCAGUCCCGGAGGGAGCAGACACCGCGGGGAGCCCCUGGCUUCCUCUGCCAGGGAACCACCACCGAGAGGCAGGGUCAGCUCCAGCUUCAGGAGCAGGGAUGUCACCGUCCUGGUGCCUGUGUCUCCUCAUCUUUGUCGCCCUGAUUCUGCUCAGCAGAGGGCAAACAGCAGAAAAGGCCACACCCAGUUCUGCAGUGGACCAGACCUCUGGGAAUGCUCACGUCCCAGUUCCAGACGAAACCAACCCAGAAGUCCAUCCAACCACUCCCAUCCCGAUCUGGGAAACCUACGGGACCAUGCAAAGCCAGACAGCAACCAAAACUGAGAUCCAGCCACUGACAGGCAUGGGCACCAGGAAGCCGGUGACAGAUCCAGGAACACCGGAGACCAGCGAGGAAGGUACCACGGCGCUUGCUGGGAUCAGGUCUCGAAGCCCAACCACAGCCUGGAAACAGCUCCACGUCCCUGAGUCACAAGACUCGAAUGAGCACAACCCCUUCUACUACGAUGAUUUCACUCUGCGGAAACGGGGGCUGCUGGUGGCAGCGGUUCUGUUCAUCACCGGCAUCGUCAUCCUCACCAGGUCUCACCGUGCAGCCCAGGCUGGCCUUGAACUCACAACUCUUCUGUGUCAACCUCCCUGAGGGUUGAGAUUAUAGGUGGGAAGUGUAGACACUUGUCCCGCAUGUGCCUGAGUCGCCACAGGUGAGUGGGGGCCGAUGACACCCCGGCUGGAGCCUCCCUAGCACACCAGCUCACUCACCGCCCUCAGCCUCGUCCCUCCCAAGAGCCUGCAGAGUGGUCAGCACAAAAGGACUCUCCAAGGAAGAGGCCGCUGGAGGAAGCCAGGCUGCUCCCCACCCCGAGGGUGCCUGGCUCCCCAGGCACUGCCCGGCCCCGUAUCUAACCUAUUAAGAUAAAUCCACGUGGUCUUUCUCCCAUG